CCCCUUCACGUUUUUUUUUUUUAAAUAUUGUUGUUCGAUUAUUCAUACUGAAUGGUGUGAACACAAUAAAUAUCGUUCUUUAGUAUAGAACUGAUUAUUUCAGUGAUUGAUAAUAAAAUAUCAUUUAAGUAAUAUUUAAAAUUUAAAUGAACGCUUGGAGUAAUUCUCACAGUGAGAUAUUUGAUGAGUACAAAGAGAAUAUGGAGGCAUUGUGUCAAGAGUUAGGUAUUCCGAGAAAGCAAAUAAAAGAGACAAAACGUCCGAAUCGAUUCAUUGUUGUUGCUCAUAAAAGUUGGCUGAAAUGUUUGGCUCAAGGAACUACAGUGUCAAAGUUUCCAACACACCCCGGUUUCGACGAGUGGCCAAACAACGAAUCAUGCAUCGGUCAAGAUUGGUCAUUGGCAUAUAUCACGACUUACAAGAAAUUCACACAUAAAGUUGUGCCGCUGCCCAAUUGUCGAAAAGAAAAUGCGGAUACGGAUUUUGUGUUGAAUUUCUCGCAAUUACUACAAAACAUAUCGGCGUCAAAUCAUCGUAAUCUGUGGAAAGAUGCAUUUGCCAAAUACUCAGGACAACGAGCCAAAGUUCCACUCAAAGAAACAAUCAACCGAAGUGAACGAAAUACAGUAAACAUGGUGCCGUAUGACACAGUGCUGCUUGAGUCUAUCGUUCGAACCUAUGGCUGUAACGUAUUGCAUAUGAAAGCGGAUAAAAUCAAUCAAAAGGAUGACAUUCGUUCGUCGGAUAAAAAACGUUCCAAUGAAGCAUAUGGACGUUAUGAACCACAUCCAAAUUUGUAUCCCAUAACAGCUGCAAUCGAAACGAACACACAUUUCGCACUUGUCUACGGAAAUUUUGUGGAAAAUACACUGAACGAUUGUGUCACGUACAGUCCAGCCAUCAUUGAUAAAUCUUAUAAUAAACCAUUGUUUAUAAUCUAUCAAUUGUGGCAUUUGAUGAAAACGUUACAUGAUCGUGGACUAUUACUCGGUAACAUCGGUCUGGAUGACAUUUUUGUUACACAAAAUCUCUGGAUUCAAGUUAUUCCGCAGGUCGAUUUAAAUAUAUUGCAAAGUGUUGACGAAGAUAUUAAUGAAAAAUCAGCCACAACAACGGUGACAACAACAUCAGUCCAGGCGACGGGUACCAGCACAACAGUUGGACUAGUGGAUGAAUUGUCGUAUUCGUUGAAAGAUUACUGUGAAAUGUGGAGCUAUGGCCAAAUUUCCAACUUUAGCUAUUUGACAAUUUUAAACAAUUUGUCGGGUCGUCGCUUAGGAGAUCCAUCAAAAAGUCACAUUUUUCCAUGGGUUACAGACUUCAUAUCACGAAAUGGCAUGAAUUGGAGAGAUUUAACCAAAUCGAAAUAUCGCCUAAACAAAGGUGACACCCAAUUGGAUUUGAUGUUUGCACCAAGCGGAGCCGCAAAUAUGAUUCCACAUCAUGUAUCAGAUGCGCUAUCAGAAAUUACAUAUAUGGUUUAUAUGGCCAGAAGAACACCGAAGUCGGUGCUUUGUAAGCAUGUGCGUCCGAUUUGGGUGCCGGCCGAGUAUCCUGCAACAAUACAGAGGCUAUACGAUUGGUCACCAGACGAAUGCAUCCCAGAAUUUUUUUCCGACCCACUCGUUUUCAAAAGCAUACACGAAGACUUGCCAGAUUUAGAGAUUCCAGCUUGGUCCAGUUGCCCAGAAGAUUUCGUUGCAAGACAUCGCGAAGCUCUUGAAAGCCAAACUGUUUCGGAGCGCCUUCAUCAUUGGAUUGAUUUGAAUUUCGGUUUUAAACUGUCUGGAAACGCUGCAAUCAAAUCAAAGAAUGUUUACCUAUCGAUAGUAGAUAAACAUCAGCAUAUUUGCAGACGAGGCAUUGUACAGCUAUUCAAUCAUCCGCAUCCCCCAAAACAAUAUCAAACCAUUUGGACUUCAAAAACUCCACCAAGAAUAUAUACUCAAAAUGAGUUGCGUCAACGCAUGUCACGCAGUACCGAAGAUCUUUCAAAUAAAUAUCGAAAUGAUAAUAAUGACACAAGUGAUUCAACAUCGGUCGGUGGUAAUUCUACUCAAGAUUUAACAUUUCGUGUAUCUCGUUCAUCGUCGAAAACGCGAACACAACAGCAAUAUAUUCCUGAAGAUGCCACAACUGGUGCUUCUAUCGAACGAUCGACCAGCUUACAUUCCAACGUACAAAAAUCACAAAACCAAAUCAUUCUGCCCAAAGACUACAAUCCAAUUGCGGCACUAAAUGCCGUUGAAAAUAUGGAAGUAUUUCUAUCGAAAACAUUCUAUAAAAGUGUGAAAAGUGCAAAUGUGGACAUGACUACAUCGUCCGCCCCAGCAGCAGCAACAACCGCCAAAACCGCAUGCAUAUCAAAUGAUGAGGGCAUUAAUGCCUUUACGAAUAAAAUAUUUUCCGACUGUUUUGAAGAGAAACUCAUGAAAGACACCAAACGACUGCACAAUCUAAACCAUAAAAAUCUUGUCGUACAAAGCUCCACACGAAACUACAAACAAUUAAUUAGCAAUCAUCGUCAUCGUGAACUUCAAGUGAUCGCUUGUAUCAUUGUGGAAUUAUUUUUGGCAAAUAAGCUCCGACCAUUGGGUGUUGGAUCGAUGCAAAAAUUGGCCGAUCGCAUUGAUGCCUGUAAAAAUGUGCUGAAAAUGGAAUUUGAAGCGUUACCAAAAUGCGUUCAGUAUCCAAUUAAAUUGUUGUUUUCUUUGGGCGAUGGAACGUCAAAUCAAACAAUCACCGAUAUUGGCAUGCCAAAGUUGUCGGCACAUCAAAUGCUACAACCAUUUUUAAGUAAUUUCUUGUUUCCAUUUCCAUUUGACUAUUUGAAUGUGUAUACGCUGCUGAAGACAUUGUAUCAGUAUGAGUCGGCCAAUAAGUUGCUGGAACUUUACACAUAUUUUGAAUGUGAUCGAAGCUCAGACUGCAAGAAAAACAGCACAUUAUCAAAACAACGAACUUUGUACAAGCGCAAAAUUGCCGAGUGCAAGGUGAUGGCAUGUGGUGCUCAAAUCGAACGACUUUUCGUUCCGCACGGAUAUGAACAGUUCGAUGUGGUUGAACUCGUCUUACCGCACAUAAUUGAUUUACUGAAAUCGGAAAAUACGUCAAUAUUGGCUGCAUGGUUUUUAUUCGAUAAUUUAGCUGUGGCGCUGGGGCUGGAAAAAACACAAAAGUUCUUGUUGGAGCCAAUUCUUAAGCUGUACGAUGCCGAAAAUGAUGAGCGUGUUAGCUUUAUGAAUAACAGUUUUGAUUCGUCAUCCUCGAGGUGCAUGUCAACUUCGUUCAAGAGUCGAAAAACCAUCAAACUCUAUCAUCACAGCUUCUUAUUACGUUUGAUUGUUCGCUUUGGAUUGAAUUGCUUUUUGAACAAUUUUGUACCGCCACUCAUUGAAGCUAUUGGCGGAUGCAAAGAACAAACGCACCACUCAUUUUAUCAUUGUCACGAAAAUCAUGAUAAUAAUAGUCCGGCUGAUACGAACUCAACAAAACUAUCAAAUAAAAGUUCAAUAUCAAAUAAUAAUUCGUCGGCCGAAGAAAUUGCAUCGAAAAAGAAUGCCAACAACAACGAAUCGGACGAAAUGUUCACAUUCGAAAAUGAAGGCGAUGAUUUACAAAAGGCAGCAGCAAGUAUUAAUUUGACCGAUUCAAGUGACAAUGACAUUGACACGAUCAGUCGAAUUAUUGAUCAAUUUGAAACCAACUCAAAUGAUGAGCAUAUGGUCGAUUUGAGAUUAAAUCAUUCAAAUGCGUUAGAAGUUACCGAAGAAACAACAUUAUCCGAAUCGAAUUUGAGGCUAUCCGGUUUGUCUGGAUUGAGUUUUGACGAAGACGGUACUCAACAAAAUAAUUCAUCUGAACAGCCCAGCUCUAAAGAAAGCGGCAAUUUGAUGUCUCCGACAAUAGCAAUUCCAUCUUCAUCGAAACGCAACCAAUUGAACACAAUUGAUUGUGAAAUCGGCAGUAAGAUCAGCACCGAAGAUGCAGAUAUGCUUGACGCAACAAUGGCACAAAAAGCAAAUCGUGACAAAUCGGUGACCAUCGCAAGCAUUACAUCGUCAACAACAAGACCGUCUAAUUGGAGCGAUCAACAAACACAAUAUCAAAUAAGUGAUAUGAGUGCCGAAAGUUUGAUUUGGCUUGCACACCGCUUGGGUCCCGUUUUAACGGCACGACAUUUAACGCGAAACCUUUUAAAAAUGCUUACGCUCUGCUACGUUGGCCAGGAAACUCUUUUGCCCGACAUGAAUGAUGAAAGUGUUAAAGAUCUGCACGAUAAUCUUUUGGUUUUCACAAUUGCCGAUAGCCGGGUUUCAGGCGAUCGAAGCGCAGUUAAAGUACUUGAGUGCCUAACAUCUAUAGCUCAAAUCUAUGGCGAUCACUUCAUUUUACUUCAAUACUUUCCACAUAUCACGGAAUUGAUUGCUCUAUGCAAAAAACGUAUUACAGCCAAUCUUGAAGGUGGUCUCAUUAGUUCGUUGCAACUUCUAAAGUAUUUGGUACCAUGCCUGAACGAUACAACUAUUAUGGAUCAAUUACAUGACACAAUCUUGAAAAGCAUCAUACACCCAAUUAUAAGAUUAAUUGCGUCAACACGUUUCCUAAUGCCAAACGGAUUCCUGGCACGCGGUGUAUUGGCCAGAAAAUUGCUCGACACAAUUUACGUACUUGCCGUUAGAAUUGGUCCAGAGAUGACGAAAAAUCAUAUAUGCGUUCCGGCGCUUCAAAGGUUUUUCUUAAUUUUUGAUAAAGCACAUGGCAUUAGUGAUAAUUUCAGCAACGAUUUGAAUGAAGAAUCUCGCAACAGUCCAACGUUUGAAGAGAAUUUUGUGGAAAUUCGUCGUGAUGGUGGCACAAAAGAGUGGUUGGUAAAAGGUUCACCCAUACAAAUCAUGACCGCUCGAUCAAAAGAAGACAAUUCACUCGAUAAUAUAACGCCACCAAAACAGCAAGAGGCUACCGAACCGACAACGACAAAUAAUUGUCGCGAGAAAGCAUUGGAAGAAAUAAGAGAAGUGUUUACACCACAAUUGGCGCAUGUUGCAUAUGUACCGUUUUUGAAAUAUUUGGGCGAUACGGCAAUGAAGCAAAAUGUUCGAAAUUUAUCACUCAUUUUGAAUUUGUGUCAUGAAUUUGAGCAACCAGAAUACGCAUCGCUUGGAUAUAGUUAUCGCAAGGACUCAACUGAUAAAACUCCCAACGAAGAAUCGGUGACGGACGGUUUUCCGUCAAGUAGUUUUGGCAAAGCAAUGAUUGGCAACCGUAUUGAGGUGUAUAAGGAAAAUGAAAAGAAUGAAAUUGGACCAAUGGAACUGUUGGAUCUUGUGGCUCAUAAAUGCGAUCAAAUCAAUACAACACGUCAUUUGCGGGGCAACUGGAGCGCAUUUUGGGAGCAUGAAAUCGGUCGACCGGAAAAGUAUCAUUUCAAUUUCAAACAAAUUAAAUUACAAACUUUCGCAAGUCACACAAAUGCUGUACGCUCAAUACUCUGUUUGGACAAUGAAAAUAGUUUCAUGAGUGCGUCAAAAGAUAAAACAGUCAAACUGUGGUCGUUACGAAGUGAAGGCGAUGGUUCGAAAAUAUCGUCGUGCCAAUUUACCUAUGCAAAUCACCGAAAAUCCGUGCACUCUCUUGCCUUUUUGGAAUCGCUUCGUUUGACGGUGUCUUGUGAUUCGGGUGUUCACAUUUGGGAUCCGUUUGUUGGUGGUGAAAUCGGGCAACUUGAUUCACAUCGAUUGACACCCGUUAGCAUCGUACGUACAUUCUCGUCACCAAGCUCUUUGAUAUUAUGCGGCACCAGUGAAUCGACCUUGAAAAUUAUUGAUGCUAGAACAGUUUCAUAUGUAAACGAAUGGAAAUUCUCAUUGAAUCAAACAAGUGGCAGUGUUCGAUGCAUAUCAGUAUCACCAUCUGGUCUAUGGAUUGCCGUCGGUUUGAGUUCGGGCCAAUUGAUUUUAUGUGAUGGCCGGACUGGAAUUGUAAUCGCAUCGUGGAAGGCAACCGAUGGUGAACUACUACAAUUGCUUGCUAUCAACGAUGAACAACUGAUUAGCACCAGUUUGGAUCACAGCAUUUGCGUAUGGAGUGCCUUCGAUGGUUCACUUUUGUAUUAUAUCAAGAGUCCAAAUGAACCGAUUCAUGUGCUGCGAAAUAAUCAGAAUGAAUUGAUAUUCGGAACGCCAUCAAAUAAAAUUGGCGUUUUUGGGAAUGUUUCACCCGAAUCAACCUACUCAAUCACCAAAUUACGAGCAGAAAGUUUUAAGGGCGUUCUUACAAGCAUGGCUGUACUUCCACUAAAUCGCAUGCUACUGGUAGGAGGUGAUAGCGGGAACAUUAGCUUACUGUGUUAGAAUUUUCUACGCCAAAUUUUGGUUUUAUUUUUGUAUAUUUUCUUAGAAUUUUAUUUCAUUCCAUUUAAACCACAGAGAUAUUGCAUAUAUUUAAAUUGCGUAUUGUAAAUUGCACUUAUCUUUUUUUAUUAGUAAAUAAGUUAGUAUAGUUAUUGUUUUCAAAGGCCAAAGUAAUAGAAUAAUACAUAAUUUUCACCAUAGUGAUAUUAUAUCAUAUUCGUCUAUAUAUUGGAGGCGGUUUACAAAUCAGAGAAUGUAUGAGAUUUUUGAUUUAUUUAUGCCGGAAUAAAGAAUCUAUGUCUAUCACAUAUGAAAA